AGAAAUAAUAGAUAUAUGCUAUUUUAGAGGAUUGGGUGCAAGAGUGUUAUGAUGCACAAAAUGUAAACAUGUACAGCCAAUUUUUCCCGUACAAUCUUCUCAACCUCAGGCCUGAACUCUUCCUUCAGGCACAGGAGGCUGGAUUGAGGAGUGGGCUGGUGGGGGACCUCAACGACAACACGGCAGAGGAGGAGGAGGAGGAAGAGGAGGAGAUUGAUGAUGAUGAGACUGGUGUGGAGGCCCCGGAGGAAGAUCCUGAGGCAUUGGAGGCUGACCUCAACACCUCGGAGGCCGGUGUCGAAGCCCCGGAGGCCAGUCCCCGACGUGUAAGGAUCAGUGACGUCAGCAAGAAACCAAAACUGUACACAGACAAUCUUAACGAAAUGUGUCUAGUCAAGUGUAAAAUCUGCGAAAGAACCCUUUCCCAUGGCUCUUUGCGAGAUCAUUUGCUGAGAGCGCAUAAUAAGAAAAGACAAGAGUUUGUUACUUAUGAAUAUGCAAAGCUCACUUACUACAGAUGUAAGAUCUGUAAUGCUGAGACCCUAUUCACCCACGCUGCUGUAAGUCAACAUGUCAGAGUCUACCAUAACCUAACCUUCUCCCAGUACAAGAUCAAUUUUAACGGGUUCACCGGGGAGAUUGAUAAACCCAGUAAAUGUUUAGCUGAUGCCAAGGUUCCUACAGUGCAUUCGUCCAAUAAUUCCGUCGUUAAAGAGAUCUCGUUCGAUAACUCGUUACUAGCUGAGCACUCCUUAGAUACCUUUCUUCCUAAAUCCAACUCAUUACUCGAGCAUUUACUUAGACUUAAAAAAAUGGAGAGCACUGCCAGUGAUCCCGCCAGUAUAGAAGGAGAGGAGGAGGAGGAGGUAGAAGAAGAGGGAGAGGAGGAACAAGAAGAUAUCUCUCCGAUAGAGUUAUGUGAUGCUAACCUGACUGAUGAUAACCUAAGGUCUAGAACUGGCGAGGGAGGGGAACGAGGAGAUGAUGAAGAUGGAUAUAGUGAUAUUGAUUGUGAUCCGAACAUGUUCUGUGAAAUGUCAAUGGCGGAAUCAAAUGAAGAGGGAUUCAUGGAGGAUGAAGAGGAUUUAGGAAACAAUUCUGGAGAUUCAAACAGCCUUUCAAUCCUCCCUGUUAUUCCUUCAGUACAGGAUGAGAGAGAGGAUGGAGAAGUACGGAUUGUGACGGAUAAUCUCAAUGAAAUGUGUGAAUUUGAAUGUCUUCUCUGUGGUUUUACUUUGGUUGAGAGUACUCUUUCUAAGCACCUCAAGGAGGUUCACCAGGAGAGUAGAAGGGAAGGAAUAACUCACAAGUAUAAAAGAUUAACCUAUUACAAGUGCAAAAUCUGUUCUAAAGAGAUUACUUUCUACUUUGCCGCGCUACGGGAACACAUGGUGACGCGGCAUAAUAUGAAAAUGCCGGAAUAUCGUGCAAGGUUUAAAGCAUUCAGCAAUCAACAUAUUGUAACGGAUAAUAUUAAUGAGAUGUGUCUAUGCAGAUGUAAUAUUUGUGAGCAGACGUUUCUGCAUCACAAGGUGAAGAAACACAUGAAGUACAAGCAUAACACCAACAUGAAGAACCUCUACACCUUCAUCAGGCAAACCUACUACAGGUGCAAGAUAUGUUUGUCAGAAGUCCUAUUUAGUCUGGACAGCAUCAGAAAUCAUCUUUGGAACCAUCAUACUCUCUCCAUGCAGGAUUAUAAGAACUCAUGUCAGGCUUUCACAGGUUGUGAGGUAGAGGAGAAUAGUUCUAACACCAGUGAAACUCCUUCCAAUAAUUCCUCCGCCAGUAGUUCCGCCCCUGCCUCCGCCUCAUCCACCCUCAACAAUGCUCUAGACAUGUCCAGGGUUCUGCCUCCCCUGCCCAGGUUAAAGAAUUUUUCCCACCUGGUGAACCAUGAGAACCAGUUCCUGCCCUUUAUACCUGGCUACCCCGGUUCCCUAAACCCGGCGCUCAACACCUUCAACAUUAGUAAAGAACAGAUAGCGUAUUUUCUCAUGGCAAACUCAAAAACAUUCUCAGAUAAACUCAGUGAGAUGAGCUUGUGUAAAUGCAAGAUUUGUGAUGAGGAAGUAUUGCAUCAUCUUCUGAAGAAACACAUGAAGAGCAAGCAUAGUUGUAAUCUAACCAAGUCCCAGUAUGAAUACGUUCGGGAAACUUAUUACAGAUGUAAGAUUUGUGACUCAGCACUUUUGUUCAGUUUUGAGAGUAUCCGCCGUCAUGUUUACCAGGCACAUAAGCUGAGUUUGAAGGAGUAA